AUGAAUGGAAUAUUGUAAGAAAUAAUUGUAGAUGAUCAAAUUCCUUGUCAUAAAUAAGGAGGCCCAAUAUUUUCAAAGGCAAACGGAAAUGAACUCUGGGUGCUCUUAUUAGAAAAAGCUUAUGCCAAGAUAUAUGGAUCUUAUCAUAAAAUAGAUUCUGGUUUGGCAAGCUGUGCAUUAAAAGAUUUAACUGGGGCUCCGAGUGAAUAUUUUAUCAACAAAACAGAAUCCUUCAAUGAUGCUGAUUUAUGUUGGGAGUUCUUGGAGAAAAAUGACAAAUAAAAAUAUAUUCUUACAGCAUCUUCGGAAACAAAUGAAAAAGGAGUAGAAAUAGAUAAUGGAGGUGGGAUAGUAUCUCAACAUUGUUAUGCAAUUUUAGAUUUAUAAACUGUAAUUGGAAGUGAUGGAUAGCAAGAUAGAAUAAUAAAGAUAAGAAAUGUAUAAAAUUUAAUGUAAAUUGAAUAGCCUUGGGGAAGAAAAGAAUGGACAAAAGACUGGAGUGAUAAUUCUAAAAAGUGGACGCCUGAAUUAAGAAGGAGGUUAUAAGUUCAGAAGAAAGAUGAUGGGAUAUUUUGGAUGAGU